GAGUGGUGCAGUUCGCACUUCCGCCACGGCUGCGUCCCUGUCGCGCCAAAGCGAGGGUGGCAGUCGAUAGCGUGCCGCGUCUACCCUCAGUCGUGGUCCUUCGCGCCCCCAAGAAGGACGAAGGAUUUUCCGCACUUUCCGGUCAGUGCAGCAGCACUAGGCGUGUGAUCUGUUCGCAUCGCAGUCGACGCUCGUGCUCUGGAAAUUGGUUUCCGAACGCUGAUGCUGGAAGCUGAGCUCGAGGAGCUUGUUUUCCAGUAGAUCGCAGCUGUGCCAGAUUUACUUCUUAGAGAUUGCUCCUGUUUGAUUGGAUUCCUACACGCACGAUAUCAUCAGAACACCCCGCUGUUCGGAGGAAAUCCAACAAAGGAAGCAGUGCUGCAUUUAGCUUAACUGAUCGAACCCAGUUCGUAAAUUAAUUAAAUGCGUCCUGAGAUAAUCAAGUUCUCCAGUGGACUCCGUCACCUCGGCGGCAACAAUAGACUGCCGGAAAAUAGUGUAAUCAGUGAAAAUACAUCGCUCUCGGUGCGGUUCGCGGAGAGCCGAGCAUAGAAGACGGUCGGAAUAAGUGAAAUUAACGAGAUGAGACUCUCUCAGCGAGGCGGUUUUCAUAAAAAUCAGGAAUAAAUAUUCAUUUGGCUUAAUAAGAAAGGCGGGGGCACCCUACACGAUCGCUAAGCGACAUGCGGAGACGUCCCACAGUUGUCAUUCAUGGUGCUCUGGCUGAAAGGGAGAAUAUAAUGAAGCCGAUUCAUCAUCACGGGAGCAAUUGCAAAGGGGAUGGAAAGAAAGGUCCCAGUUCAUGGCCAAUAUACACCCUAGUAAGCACUGCCGCAGUCGCCUGCUACCUUAAUGGGCUUAGCGGGGAUUUCGUCCACGACGAUAUCCCUGCCGUGACUCUAAACAAGGACGUUACCGGCCUGAAUCCUAUCGGACACGUUUUCAAAAAUGAUUUCUGGGGUACACCGAUGGCGGAAAUGAACAGCCACAAGUCUUAUCGUCCUCUCACUACAAUCACAUUCAGAUUCAAUUACUGGUGCUUCGGCCUGCAGCCCUUCUGGUUCCAUGCAACGAACGUGUUAUUACACGCAUUGGUGAGUGUGCUGUUCACCCGUGUAGUGCUACGGAUUGCGGGCAUGAAACCGCCCUUUGCCGCCGUUGCCGGACUGCUGUUUGCCGUUCAUCCCAUACACACCGAGGCGGUGACUGGAAUCGUGGGGCGAGCCGACGUCUUAGCUUGCGUGUUCUUUCUCCUGGCGCUUUUGGCGUAUCAUGGGAAUUCCAGUGAAGAGUGUUUAAUAUGGAGGAGUAUAUUCUUUGGAGGAAUGAGUAUGAUGUCCAAGGAAACAGGAAUCACCGUGUUCUUGCUGAAUGUAGGUCUAGAUACGUACAAGAAUUAUCACAGUAUUAAAAGGACCAUGACAGAGCUACGAUGGAAUAGGGAAACCCAGGAUUUUAUGAAACGCACUGUUAAAGUUUUCAUAUCGCUUGGCGUAUUAUUGGCUGUAAGGCUGGCGCUCCUACAAGGAUCGCUACCGAAAUUUUCGCAGCAAGAUAAUCCAGCAGCCUUCCAUUCCUCCCUUUACGUAAGGAUAUUGACGUUCUGCUAUCUGGCAGCCUUCAACUGGUGGCUCCUUCUCUGUCCCGUUACGCUAUCCCAUGACUGGCAGAUGGGUUCAGUUCCACUAGUGACAAGUAUAUAUGACUCGAGGAACUUAGUCACAUGUUUCUUUUUUUUGUUGACUCUGUUCUUAGUAGUGAAAAGUGUCUGUGAUUUUGAAUAUCAAAAACAUGUUCCUGUUGUUAUGGGAUUGGGUCUGUUGGUGUUGCCUUUUCUUCCUGCUACGAAUUUGUUCGUAACUGUCGGUUUCGUAGUGGCAGAAAGAGUUCUAUAUAUUCCCAGCUUGGGAUGCAUCCUCCUUGUGAUAUAUGCUCUUCAGAUGCUGUGGAGCUCCUACCCCAAACAUCGCCAAACCAUCCUGUGUUUCGUUAUACUUAUGCUCACAACGAGUUGCCUAAGGACUAUAAUAAGGAACAGGGAUUGGCGUUCCAGAGAAUCCUUGCUGAGGGCGGGAUUAAUGACGUUACCUCACAACGCCAAGAUGCAUUACAACUAUGGGAAUUUUCUGAGGGACUCGGCCCGACCUGAAUUAGCGAGAACCCAUUACCACAAAGCUUUGAAACUGUGGCCCACCUAUGCCAGCGCCCACAAUAAUUUGGGAACGCUUCUGAGCGGCGAACAGGAAGCGGAACAGCACUUCCUUGCCGCCAUCCGAUAUUCGUCUGACCACGUGAACGCCCAUUACAAUUUGGGCCAACUCUAUCGAAGGUCGAACAGAACAGCUGAUUCUGAAGGGAUGCUCAAGAAAUGCAUCAGCAUCGAUCCAAGGUUUACACCUGCAUACUUGGAACUUGCCAGACUCCGAGGACCUAAUGAUAUGACGGUCGGUCCAAUUUUGAAACGAGUCAUGCAGCUGAACGUUGAUGAUCCAUAUUACGGAACAUUAUAUGGGAACUGGCUCUUCAGUAAAGGUAAUUACGUAGCUGCACUCAACAUUUAUUGGAGUGUCCUGCAGAGAUCCAACUCAUACCAGGAGGCACUACUGGGAGCUGCUAAAAUUUUAAGGAAAACGGGGCAAUCAUCCAGACUUCUGCAAGCAAUCACUCGGUGGCAUGCUGUUCUGAGGCAAAAAAGAGGAGAGAUUCCUUUGAGUCCUCAUGUUUAUCUACAAGGAUGGCAUCUGAAGAAAGAACUCAACAGAAAGGCAAAAGUUUAUGACAAUUGCUCUUCCACACUAUUCAGAACUCAGUACAUCGAAGCUCCAUCCAAAGAAAACAAUUCCAACAAUGAGGACAAAUGGUCCCAUCUGGAGAAAAACAGCUCAGAGAAGUUUCGUUUCACGACCAGAGCGCAAUGCAAGACUGAGAAAAGCAGGAUUGAUAAACAAGGAUCCAUCACCCCAAUGAUGGUCCAUCAUUUGCUAGACAGCGUGUGACUGUUCAAAAGGACCAGACAGCAAUUGUAUACCAGUGACAUCUACUCGGUUUAUCUUUUUUCUCCGUUUGUUUCGGGUGUUGAUAUGGCUAGUCCAAUAGAUUUACGCGAAAUGCAUAACACAUAUUUUUUCAUCGAGUCAAUAGGUUAUGGAGAAGGAGGAACGUUGGGUGUUAAAGGACUACCAUCAUUAAGAAGCGAAUAUUGCUUCAAACUGUACAUUUUUCAUAAAACUGAACACUUUUCAUUGCACAAUACAGAAAAAAGGAUAUUUUGCUCGAUAAGGAAAAAUGAACGUCUCAUCGAUUUUUCCAUACUUUUUUAUCUUGAACUUGAACUACCCAUACAUUCCUGAAAUAAUUGGAUCCUUGUUAUGCGCUCAUUUGGAUCAGUUGUGUUUCGAAACAAAAUGAAUAUAGUGAGACUGAAUAAUAUUUUUCAUGGUGCAGUAUUAUUUCCGCAACUAUACGCCAAUUACAGUUUUUCCCUAGUAGUAUUUUUUCUUUCGUUAUCGAUAAAAUUUCUGAAAUUAUUCAAGCAAGUUGUAUCUAUUCUCUUUCUCUCUUUUAUUCAAUGUAUUAGGUAUCAUUAUUGAAAUUUAUGUUCAUUAUUCACAUAUUAUUGUAUCUUUUUUCAUUGAUAUCCUUAAUCCUAAUCAUUCAUAUUUCUUUAGAUUCAUCAUAGAGCUAGGGUGUUCCGAAAUUGAAGGUAUAAAGGAUGAUGAUAGAUUUCUCUAAUAAUUUUAAGAAAAAAUAUUCUAUAAACUUGAACCGCCAACGUUUUGUUUUCGAGAUAUAGGGUGUCUCUUGUAGUCCUACUUUUUUAGAGGGUGUUCGUAAAUUGAAGGUAUUAUGGAAAAUGAUAGAUUUUUCAAUAAUUUCAAGAUAAAAUAUUCUCUAAACAUGGAACGCCAACGUUUAUUUUUCGAGAUACAGGGUGCCUCUUAUUACUCGUAUAUCAGUUUAUCGAAUCUUCAUUAAUCUUCGCUAUAGGUUGGGUAUAUAAACACUUCUAUUAUUUUUGAUUUAUUCAUAACAGCUUACUGACUGGAUCUUCAUUGUAAUUUGGAUUUUCCUGAGGAUUACUGAAGAAUAGUUUGAAACUUUUUUCUCUGAUUUGGUAACAGAUAUGUCAAAACUACAAGUAACCAAAAAGUGUAAUACUGGAC